CCGAGAAAUAAGGCACCGUUGCCGAGGAAGACCUCUGCUCUUGAUUCCAUCUCGCAGCGCAGCCUCGUCAAGUUGUAUCCGCCACUCUUUAUUAUUUCAAGUACCCCCCCUCUCUUCUUCCUCACUUCACAAGAGGAAUUGAUUCAACAUAAACAAUGGCAAAGUCCUCUGAUUCUAUCCUUCUCGCACACAUUCUCUCUCAAACACAGGCCAACAUAUCUUUCUUGGCUGCUCAAGAUAUUAUCUCCCCAGCGGAUGCCUCUGACAUGAUCACUCGUCUGGCAACAGCUCAGACGAAGAGGUCAUACUCAACUGAUCAACAGACCAACGGGUUUAAUGCGCUCGCUAUUGCACCUGCACCGUCACACAGUCCUGUAGCAGAGCCUCAGGCGGUCGCCCCUCCUGUUCGUCGCAAUAUUCCUGCUCCCCCGCCACGAGUGCAGAAGGCAAAGGCAAUUUGGGCGUACAACGACGACGGAACUGAACCGAACGACUUGUCGUUCUCCGCUGGCGAAAUCAUUGAAAUUGUAGAUGAGACCAAUGGAGAUUGGUGGACAGGAAAAUGCAGAGGUCGUCAAGGCCUCUUCCCCUCCAACCAUGUCGAGAAGAUCUCUACGCCUGCUACUUCACCACCUCCUGCACCCUCUCCAGUAAACGUACCCACUGCUGCUCCGUGGGUCCCAGCAAUGGGCAUGCCUUCUCAACCUCCGGGCUAUCAGACUCCUCCGCAGGGCUAUCAAGGGUAUGGUCAAGAGAAACCUGCAUAUAGGCCGUUUGGUGCGGCUUAUCACGGUCUUGAUCAACCACCUCCUGCUAGCGGUGGAGUCAAUUCUGUUGGUCUGCAGCAUGAAGAGACGGAACAUAAGGAAAAGAAGAGCAAAUACGGAAAGCUUGGAAAUACUAUGGCUACAUCAGCUGCCGGCGGUGUGGGAUUCGGCGCAGGUACAUCCCAUUCGACGUUUCUUCGCAUUGUAUUUGUGCUCAUGUCAUUUCAGGUGCUGCUAUCGGAAGUGGUAUCAUCAACUCGAUUUUCUAGACAAUCUUUUAUUCGUGGUUGCUCAGUUUUUUAUGCAUACCCCUGGACACGGACUUUGAUACGUACACAAUCCACAUUCGCUAGUUAUGCUACUAUUACUCGCCUACCUUAAUUUCUUGAAACCCGAGUGAGUAACGCCAUGAUGUAGCAGCAUCGUAUCUACCGUCAGCACCAGUUGUCGCUGUCACAGCUUAUGCGAAUGGAUAGUUUCAUUCAAAAGCCAUAGCGAAGAGGUCAUUCCAAUUUAUUGUCGACAUCGGUAUUUAAGGGUUAACGUGAACACUUGACACCAUUGAGGCCAAGAAUAUUGUUUCUAAGUACAGCUGGAGUCCCUGUAAAUGCAGCCCCUUGAUACGCUCGAAGUUAACAACCUUUUUCACGAAUUCACAUAGCCACUGUUUCACCAAGAUGCUGAU